GAUCAAUUUGGAUUGUACGUAGCAGAAGUGAUCCAGUAUGUUAAUAUUUGCAAAUUAUUUAUUGUUUCUUACCUUACUAAGGUAUUUAACUGAGGCAAAGUUUGUAUUCGAAUUGAAUGAUGAUUUUGACCUGUGUUCUGCGGAUGUGCCUAUGGUUGCAAUUAAUUUCUCCCUAAUCGAGUUUAUACCCAUAGAGGGUACCAGCAUGCGUAUCGCCGGAAAGGUGGGUUUCAUCGAAGAUUUUGCUCCACCGUUACAGCUUAAUUUUCGAUCGAUGCGUCUGGAGCGAGGAACUUGGAUACCGGGCGAAAUAAGUCGUACCGAAACGAAUCUGUGCCUCAAAUUGAUGUCUCCGAUGGAACCUUGGUUCGCUGUGACCCGCCACUUCCGCCAGAAGCGGUGCCCUUACAAGGCUGGACACUUCGAAACCCUUUCGAGCAUUCAAGUCGGUAGUUUUGGGAUAGAUUUACCGUCAUCGUUCGCGGGUGACUGGAAAUUCUUUAUUGAAAUUGAACGCAAGAGUAAAGGGAACGUACAGAAGCAGUGUACCACACUGACGGCUUCCGUCGUUGAGGUGUAGGGUAAUCAAUUAUCUUUGUAAAUAUUUGGAAAAAUACAUAAUGAUGUUGUCUUCGAAAAUAAAUCAUGUUUUCAGAACAUAGCACUCUCAUUUUAAAAGUUGU